AAUAAACUUCAUCAACUGCAACCUCAAAGAUAGAGAGGGCAAGAAAUAGAUAGGUAGCAACGUAAUGUCGAUUGAAGAAGCCGCUCCUGUCACAAGGCCUUUCAUGAUGGGCCCCAACGGUCCCUCUGGUCCUAUUCCUAGCGACCCCGGUCAGCCACAGGCGGGGUACUCGGUACCUGGAGUUCUACAGUUCAUAAAACAAGAGUUUGGGCGGUUUGAGAGAGAGAGGGCCAGCUGGGAAGUGGAACGUGCUGAGUUGCAAGGUAAAAUAGCUUUCCUUCAAGGCGAAAGAAAAGGCCACGAUAAUCUAAUGCGUGACCUUGUGAGAAGAAUAAAGAUGCUGGAGUUUGCACUCAAACAAGAACGCAAUAAAGUAUAUAAACUAACUCAUGGUACUGAUUCCGGUCUUUCUCUCAAGCCGCCUCAGUUAGAUACAGAGACGAAUCCUGUGACAGAGGAAAGCAGUCUUCCUUCUCUAGUCAACCAGAAGGAGAGCAGACAGAUACUAAGAGAUUAUCUUCGUGAAGUUGGUUUUCCUGACAAUGUCCUUGAAGCUAGGGUAGCCCGACUUAACUUAUAUCGGACACUAAUGAGCAGUUCGACCAAUCAGAAUGAACCACCUCUACCACCACCUGCUGUGGAAGCACCUUCUGAGACUUAUUCUCCUAAGCCACCACACCCACCAGAGUCUAGCACUGGUGGUGGUAGUGACAUAGUACCUAAUGGUACUGACAUGCAAGAACAGAUAGGAGGAAGAAGAGAUACUGAAGCUGAAAGUGAAGAUGAUGCUGUGAAACAGGUUCAAAACACGUUUGAUUUCUUGAGCAACGAAGACAGCGACGAUGAAGACGAAGAAACCGAAUGGCAACAAGUGGCCACUAAGGACCUUUUCCAAGGAUUAGAGAACACCACAGAGCCAGCAGGGCUGGACAAAGGUGCCAUAAUGGACGGAGACUUUGUAUAUGAGGACAGGUACUCCUCAAAGUCGGAUAAUCCUCCUGACCUACCUAUUGGUGAAGAAGACAAUGAGUGGGAGUUUAAAAGACAAGUUGAGAGAUAUCAGGAAUACAAACGAUCAAAUAAAUCCAAAAACAUAUCAUCACGCCCACCACGUGAGCAGUUAAGACAGUUGCAGCAAUACGCUAAUACUAAUCAACCUGCUGAGGAGAUGUCAUCAGUAAUGGGUCUAAUGGGGAUGCCAGUGAGAGGGCAUCAUGAUCUUGAAGGAGUUAGAGUUAGUCCUCAUCGUAUACCUGAUGAGAGACCAGAAGUAUCACUGGGCAUUGGUGAACUAGUAUCAAUUGCUAAUCCUUCUGACUUUAUUAUGAAUCCAUCAACUAGUGGUAGUUCCAAGCGUUGGGAGCACAAGUAUACAAUGAGGAAUCAUUACGAUGCUGUGACUUGUGUCCAGUUCCAUCCAAUGGACGAUAUGUUGGUCACUGGCAGUGAGGAUGCUACCAUUAAACUAUGGAGCAUUCCCAAAUCAUCUCAAAAGAAGUCAGCUAUCAUAGAUGUUGAGCCAGCCUUUACAUUCAGAGGUCACACUGGUCCUGUCCUCAGUCUUGCUGUCAGUUCUGAUGGUGAGGUAGUCUAUAGUGGCUCUGCUGAUGGACAGCUUCGCAUGUGGCAGACGCCAAAUGAUCUCAGCGACCCUUUUGAUAUAUACGAUCUUGAUAUACAGAAAGGAGUAUUAGAAGGUCACACUGAUGCAAUAUGGGGUCUGGUUUUCAACCAGUCGAACGGUUUACUUGCCUCAGCUUCGGCUGACGGUCACUGCAUAUUGUGGGACCCUGUCAACUCGUCUCAGAUCAAGUCGAUAGUCUCUGAAGAAGCUCUAGGGUCUCCCACUAGUAUUGAUUUCCUUCACGGUGAGUCCAUUGUUGUUAGCUAUUCUACGGCUAAAGUUGUUGUAUAUGAUGUGGAGACUGGGAAGCCUGUGGUUACUUUGGACAGUGCCCUCACUUACAAUGGCACACCCACUACGCAGAUAAACAAAGUCCUGAGUCACCCCACACUCCCUAUCGUUAUUACUGCUCAUGAGGACAAGUACAUUUGCUUCUUUGACUCAAAGUCCGGUCAAGUCACCCACUCUAUGACUGCUCACAUGGACGCUGUGACUGGCCUAGCCAUUGAUCCACACGGACUGUAUAUAUUGUCAGGAAGUCAUGACGGUUCUCUACGUUUCUGGAGCAUGGAGACGAAGACUUGCGUUCAAGAGAUCACAGCUCAUAGGAAGAGAUUUGAUGAGUCGAUAUACAACGUGACUUGUCACUUGACUAAACCUUUCUUUGCCAGUGCUGGUGCAGAUGGCAUAGCCAAAGUUUUACUCUAGUAUAGAUUAUUAUUAUUAUUAUUAUGAUUUUUUGAUAGAGAAAGUUCUUUUUAUUGUACAACAACUCACUACCAA